AUGUCUCCGCUGCCCUCGCCGCCUGCUCCGGCGUCUACUCCUUUUCCUCAGUCGGCUGCCACUCCUCCUAGUUCGGCCUCGACUUCGCACCCUCCUGAAGGAGUUUCUCAGCUGCCGCACUCAUCUUCAAACCCUGUUCAUCAUCAUCUCUCUUCGCCGGCCAUCAAUCCGAGCGGUAAUGCCAACUCUGCCGACGUCAAUGGUGAUAGGGGUGUCCAUAUUCUGUCUACUCCAAAUCAGUGUCAACCUUCCCCAUUGGAUCGCUCGUACCAUUUGGGAACCGGAGACCACCCCAAUUUUCUUAUUGUUCCAAAACUCUUAAUAGGUCAAGAUAAUUUUCAAUCUUGGAAAAAAGCAGCCUCUAUCUCCAUUGUUGCCAAGAAUAAAACCUCUUUCAUUGAUGGCUCCCUGUCCCGACCCCCACCAUCUGAUCCAAACUUUGCUUCUUGGGUGCAAUGUAAUAACAUGGUGAUGGCUUGGUUACUUCAAUCUAUCUCUCAAGAAAUUGCUGCAAGUAUUAUGUUCCAAGAUUCAUCAAGAGAUAUGUGGCAUGAUCUUCAUGAGCGGUUCAAUCAAGGAAAUGGACCUCGAAUUUUUCAACUUCAAACCUCGGUGCACAGCAUAAAACAGGGAGACUCGGAUGUCAAUACCUAUUUCACUCGACUGAAGGCUCUUUGGGAUGAGCUCAAAGAGUUUCAGCCCAUUGUUCCUUGUUCGUGUGGUUGUACGUGUGGUGCUGUUGAGAGACUCCUUGGGUAUUACACUAGAGAUCAAAUUAUUCAAUUCCUCACUGGUCUAAAUGACUCUUAUAAUCCUAUAAGGGCUCAGAUUCUGCUCUAUGAUCUGCUUCCGCCUCUGUCCAAGGUUUUCUCUAUGAUAGUUCAAGAAGAGCGUCAACGCUGCCUUGGUAACCCGGCCUCUCUCAUUGCUGCUGCUGCGGUUCCUAAUCAUUCCACCAAGCCGCCUCUGUCCAGAUCAAAGAAGCCGAGACCCUCAUGCUCUCACUGUCUCAAGCCUGGCCAUCUUGUGGAAAAAUGUUUUUUCCUUCAUGGUUUUCCUCCUGGGUAUGGUGACAAACGCCGUCAAGAGGAAGCAUCCAAACCUUCGGCACCCACUCGGACUUCCAAGAUUGGGAUUGCUAAGAAAAUUGGCAAGCUAUUCUUCUUUGAACAAGAUAGUUGUUGGGUACAAAUUGUACAAUCUGAUUUUUCUAUUCAUUCAUGUACUGAAAUGGAUCAAUGGCAUUGUCGCCUUGGCCAUCCAUCUUUGUCUAUCACACAAUCUAUUAAUAAAACUCUUACUUUUUCAGACAAAGCUUGUGAUAACAUGUGUUCUAUUUGUCAUUUAGCUAAGCAAAAACGUCUACCUUUUAUCUCUCAUAAUAACAUGGCUUCUGCCCCUUUUGAUUUAGUGCAUCUUGAUAUUUGGGGACCGUUUCGUGUUAUAAGUAUCGAAGGGUACAAAUAUUUUCUUACCAUUGUGGAUGAUCACUCCCGGUUCACAUGGGUAUAUAUGCUUAAAGCAAAAUUUGAUGUUCAAGUUAUUAUUCCACAAUUUUUUUCUUUAAUUGCAACUCAAUUUUCUGCUACUAUUAAAGUUGUUCGUUGUGACAAUGCUAAAGAACUGAAUCUUACCUCUUUUUAUGUCACUAGAGGUAUUGAACAGUUUCAUUCUUGUGUUGAUAGACCUCAACAAAAUUCUGUAGUUGAACGAAAACAUCAACAUAUUUUAAAUGUGGCUCGGUCCUUAUUGUUUCAAUCUCAUCUUUCUCUUCCAUAUUGGUCUUACCUCAUUAAUACGGCUGUUUACCUCAUUAAUAGAACUCCAUCUCUUGUUCUAAAAAAGAAAACUGCUUUUGAGUUACUUUUCAAUAAAUUGCCAUCAUAUGAUCAUCUUAGAUGCUUUGGUUGUCUUGCAUUUGCAUCAACAUUAGAUAGGUCUCGUCAUAAGUUUUCCCCAAGGUCAAAAGCUUGCAUAUUUAUUGGCUAUCCGCAUGGAAUGAAAGCCUAUACUUUACUUGAUAUUGAAAGUCAACAAAUAUUGCAUUCCAGAGAUGUUAUUUUCUAUGAAAAUAUAUUUCCUUUAAAGCAUGACAAGUCUAAUGUUGCAAAUGAUCAAUUAUUUUUGUCUAAGAUGUUUCUUGCAGGAUCUCCUUCUCAUGAGUCACAGCCGUCUGAAUCUAUGGCUCCGCCUGUCACUGCCUCAAAAAGUGGCAGAUCUGUUACUCGCCCCUCUUAUCUUAGAGACUAUGUUAAGUGCUCAAUUUCGGGCUGCCAUCCUUUCAUCCAACAUUGUGGUAGAACCAUCUAG